GCUGGUCAAGAAAACUUUAGGUCUAUUACAAGGUCCUACUAUAGAAGGGCUGCAGGGGCAUUGCUUGUCUAUGAUAUCACUAGGAGGGAGACUUUCAACCAUCUAGCCAGCUGGCUAGAGGAUGCAAAGCAGCAUGCUACUAACGCAAAUAUGACGAUUAUGCUCAUUGGAAAUAAGUGUGACCUUGACAGCAGAAGGGCAGUCACCACAGAGGAAGGAGAGCAGUUUGCAAAGGAGCAUGGUCUUAUUUUCAUGGAGGCCUCUGCCAAGACUCCUCAGAAUGUCGAGGAGGCAUUCAUAAAGACAGCGGCAACAAUAUACAAAAAGAUUGAAGAUGGUGUAUUUGAUGUGUCAAAUGAGUCGCAUGGAAUAAAAGUUGGAUAUGGAGGAAUCACGGGGCCAUCAGGUGGUAGAGACGGAUCCACACCACAAGGAGGUUGCUGCGGCUAA